GUCAACCUGCGCUGGGUGAGGCCUCUUCCUCCGGCUUUGCAGAGCGAUACCGAGAAGCAGACAGGUUUAGAGUGGGCUCAGGCCACAGCGCGUGCGGUGAGGAUACUGCUGGACAGCGUAGUGCUGGCUAGAUGGUUCCCGUAGGCUUCCGGUGACUCGUUCUAUCCAAGAAAGAGUGACAAACAAGAAAAAAUAAAUAAAAAAGAGCCUGGAGUGCGGAGCGGGAUAUGAUCCAGCUCGGCCUUCGCAGGGCUGCGCAGCUAUUCAGAAACAAUCCCCAGCCUUGGCGAGCCGUUCACGUAGCAGGCACCAAUGGCAAAGGCACAGUCUGUGCCUAUCUGUCGGCGUUGCUGCACAGCGCCGGCAUCACCUGCGGUCGCUUCACGUCGCCACAUCUAAUCGACAAGUGGGACUGCAUAACCAUAAACGAGAAGCCCGUAUCAGAAACCCUGUUCCGCGAGGUCGAGGCAAACGUGUUGCUACGAAACCGUGAGGAGAACAUCGACGCGACUGAGUUCGAGGUGUUGACAGCUACGGCCUUUGACAUUUUCACCCACGAGAAUGUGGAGGUCGGUGUUGUCGAGGUUGGGAUGGGCGGUCGAGAUGAUGCUACCAACGUCCUCAAGUCCAAAUCUCUCACCAUUAUAACCCGUAUCGGGCUCGACCAUCAAGCUUUCCUUGGGAACACCGUCGAGGAAAUCACCCGCCACAAAUGCGGAAUCUUUGUCAAGGAUGUGCCUGUGAUUUACAGUGCUGCCAACCCUCCUUCCGUGGUCGACGUCAUCCAAGAUGCAGCCUCCAACGUGGGAGCUGGUCAGCUGUGGGCCGUGGAUGCUAAUUCAGGACUGCCCACCAUGGAAGGCGACAAGUGGCAGCAAUUUCUUGAAUCUAUCGACGGGAGGGACCAGCAAAAGAUCGCAGUUGGACAAGCCUGGCUCGCAUACAGGUACUUAUACUCCAAGCUCCGAUCGGAAGACGAACACCCAGAACAAAACCAGCUUGUCAUGAAUCAAGCACGAGAUGCAAUCAUGAACCUUCAGUGGCCCGGUCGCAUGCAGUAUCUGGACAUUGAGGCCCUCGUUCCAGGAGCUGGUCAGAUCCUUCUUGACGGCGCGCACAACGUUCAGGCUGCCGAGACACUUGCAAAAGUUGUAGAUCACGAGUUACGAGUGCGCGACGGACAGGGCAUCUCUUGGGUCAUUGGAUCUACACAAGGCAGAGAUAUCGCUGAGUAUCUGCGGAUCAUUCUCCGCCCCGGUGACCAGAUCGCAUGUGUCGAAUUCGGACCUGUAGAUGGGAUGCCAUGGGUCAAGGCGCUAUCCGCUGAAGACAUUCAGAAAGCCGCUUUACAGACUCAUCCUGAUAUCGAGGUAGAAUGCUUUGGGAAUGAUAUCACGAGAGCAUUACAAUGGGCGGUCGCAUCCAAGAAUCAGCUAGCUCGGCCUUCGGUCGUUACCGGCAGCCUUUAUCUCGUCUCUGACCUGCUUCGGUUGCUACGUCAAGCUGGCAGUGACGAACAUCUCCUCGGUCCCCAGCGUCACAAUCAGGAUGCUCAUUAGAUAUUGGAUGAAGUAGCGCCCUCACGUGGCUGAUCAGACUUGAGAAGCAUAGAAAAAUAAAUGUAAUAGAGUGUGGUAACGAG